CACUCCAGUCCAGUCCAGCACCAUGUCUGUGCGCUUUUCUUCUGCAUCCAGAAGGCUGGGUUCUGUGAGGCUCUCUAGUGGAGCAUCAGGCUUUGGGGCCGGAAACACAUGUGGUGUGCCAGGCAUUGGAAGUGGCUUUUCGUGUGCCUUUGGGGGUAGCUCCUCAGCAGGAGGCUAUGGCGGAGGCCUGGGUGGGGGAAGUGCUUCUUGCACUGCCUUCACAGGGAGUGAGCACGGCCUCCUCUCUGGCAAUGAGAAGGUGACCAUGCAGAACCUCAAUGAUCGCCUGGCCUCCUAUCUGGACAACGUUCAAGCACUAGAGGAGGCCAAUGCUGACUUGGAGCAGAAGAUCAAGGGUUGGUAUGAGAAAUUUGGACCUGGUUCUUGCCGCGGUCUUGAUCAUGAUUACAGCAGAUACUUUCCAAUAAUUGAUGACCUUAGAAACCAGAUCAUUUCUGCCACUACAAGUAAUGCCAAUAUUGUCCUACAAAAUGAUAACGCAAGACUAACGGCUGAUGACUUCAGACUGAAGUUUGAAAAUGAACUGGCCCUUCACCAGAGCGUUGAGGCAGACAUCAAUGGCUUGCGCAGAGUCCUGGAUGAGCUAACCUUGUGCAGAACCGACCUGGAGGUCCAGCUGGAAACCCUCACCGAGGAGCUGGCCUACCUCAAGAAGAAUCAUGAAGAGGAAAUGAAGGCUCUGCAGUGUGCAGCUGGAGGCAACGUGAACGUGGAGAUGAACGCGGCCCCCGGGGUGGACCUCACGGUUCUGCUGAACAACAUGCGAGCUGAGUACGAAGCCCUGGCCGAGCAGAACCGCAGGGACGCCGAGACCUGGUUCAAUGAAAAGAGCGCUUCGCUGCAGCAGCAGAUUUCCGAUGACGCUGGUGCCACCACCUCAGCUAGGAAUGAACUUACUGAGAUGAAACGCACUCUUCAAACCCUGGAGAUUGAACUGCAGUCGCUUUUGGCAAUGAAACAGUCCCUGGAGUGCUCCUUGACUGAGACCGAGGGCAACUACUGCUCACAGCUGGCGCAGAUCCAGGCUCAGAUCGGGGCCCUGGAGGAGCAGCUGCACCAGGUCAGGACUGAGACUGAGGGCCAGAAGCUGGAGCAUGAGCAGCUGCUGGACAUCAAGGCCCACCUGGAGAAGGAAAUUGAGACCUACUGUCGCCUGAUAGAUGGAGAUGAUGGUGCUUGUUCCAAAUCAAAAGGCCAGGGAGGAUCAGGAAAUCAGAUAAAAGAUUCAUCUAAAACUGCCAUUGUUAAAACAGUUGUUGAAGAACUAGAUCCUCGUGGCAAAGUUCUCUCAUCCAGAAUUCACACCCUGGAAGAGAAAUCCACCAAAGGCAGCAAGAGCGAACAGAGGGUGCCUUCUUAAACUGCAGCCCCCAUGAAAAGAACAGCCCUUUAAUGAAAACACUAGCUUCUUAAUAAGGGUCCUCUUAUUUUUCUGUUGUUAUUCCAAUGAAUCAAGACAAGCUCUUUUUAGGAUAGUAGCAUUUCUUUGACUUUCUCUAAGGUGGUGUUUCAAUAAAAGUUCUUCCUGUUGCAAGU